AUGUUUCGCAUAUCUUUCGCUUCCUCCUUUCCACCUCUGCUCUUUACUGCAAAGAAACAAGAGUCCAUGAUAUUUCUGAAUGGCUGUUGGCAGGACAUUUCUCUUCAAGAGAAUUCGAGCAAAUAUUAUGGAGAAAUACGACAUGACGCCGAAGGCCGUGAAUGUGUAAACUGUGGGGCGACGUCUACACCAUUAUGGCGGAGAGAUGGGACGGGCCAUUACCUGUGUAAUGCCUGCGGUCUCUAUCACAAAAUGAACGGUUCCAAUCGGCCUCUUAUCAAACCAAAGCGGCGUUUGUCUGCAGCCAGAAGAGCAGGAACCAGUUGUGCAAACUGUGGCACAACUACAACAACAUUAUGGAGACGAAACCAAAAUGGCGAUCCUGUAUGUAAUGCGUGUGGACUCUACUUCAAACUUCACAACGUGAAUCGACCCCUCACGAUGAAGAAGGACGGAAUACAGACGAGAAACAGGAAGAUGUCGACUAAGAGUAAGAAAAGUAAAAAGGGAAUGACUUCGAUGAGUGACCUGCUAAAACCACUGGACAAGCCGUUCCCAGGCUCCGUGUAUGCUCCAAUGCACGCCCCCAUGGCGACCUACAUGACUAGUGGAAGCUCCCUUGGGGGAUCGUUCUCCUCCCCCGUCGGAAGUCACAUGCAAGCAUCUUCCGGUUUGUCUGGUAGCCUGUCUGGUGGCUUUACCAAUUCCUUCAAUCCGUCACUCACCUCUCAGUUCACGUCGUCAUUCCCCAGCAUCCCUAGUAUCCCUAGUAUCAGUUCGUCGGGACUCACUUUAUCCACUUCGUCAGGAAUGGUUGGUGCCAUGACGUCCGGCCUCAACCUCUCUACCACAACAAAUAUGGUUGGAGCUAUGGCAUAA